CCCAACGGUCCAUUUCCCUCCACAAUUAUAACGCAAACUUCAUUCCCUGAACUUAGCGUUCACGCUCUCUUACCUUACUCUCUCUCUCUCUCUCUCUGAACCAAUCAUCGGCUCUUUCUCUCUCUUCUCCAUGCAGGCACCCAGUUCUGAUGCCUCCGCCACGGUCCAGCACGUCGAUAGGAAGCGUUCGGACCAGCUCCUCAGCAAGUUUGCUGACUCUGGCGAGCACGAGAGAAAAGAUCCGAGGGCCCCAAAGCGCCGGAGGAGGGACCGGCGGGUAGCGGCCAGCGCGGACCUGUGCGAAUCCCAGGCACUGGGAGAGAGGCGAUCGCUGCUCCCGCCGGUGGAGCGGAGGUCGGCCUUGCUCUGGAAGCUCGGGGCAAUCAGGCGGGUGCAGCCGGGCACGCGGAACGUCAGGAACAAGUCGCUGUUGGGAGCUAUUGAGAAGACAUGGAGGAGGACGGUGGAGGGAGCGUCGCGAGUGUUCGUGGAGAAGCAUUACAAUCGUCACAAGCGCUUGAUUAGCGACGCCGUUGAAGUUUCUUAAUCAUGAUUAAAUUAUUUUAUUUAGACCAGGUUUGGCAGAUGGAGACAUGGUUGUAAACUGUAAAUUUUUAACGUCAUUUUCUGUUUUUUUUUUGUUUUGUCAAAUUUUCCUGA